UUUCGCUACUUCCGGGUUUACCGUUCACUAGUUUGUUAUGAGUGCCUGACUUCUGACUCACUUUCGAAAAGUAACGACGCAAAACAUGUUGGGGGCUCAGGACCCAAGAAAGAAAGGACGCUCCAUCAUAUUCUUGAUCACGAUACAACGCAAUGUCGAGAUCCCUUUGAAAAAUACAAUUGUUCUGCCGCGAGGGUCAAUGUGCUCGUGGAGACAUGGUUACGGUUACGGACACAGUUCGGAGUUUCUCACGGUCAAGACACGGGAACACAGUAUCUUUCUAGAGUUUGACCGAAAGUUUCUUCGGGAAGUUCCACCUGAAUGUGUUGGCCUCUUGGAAGCAGUAGAACCAGAGGCUCGCCUGGAACAACUAAGCAAUCCAGAGAAGCUGCGGGAAUUGGCCUACUCGACUCCGGGUACACCCCUGUGGGUCCAAAUGGGCAAAAAAGAAGGUCUCGCCAAGGCUGAACUCAAAUACAUCGGGCCGCUGACGCCAGGGAGCAGAUCGAAGUAUUUCGGGGUGGAACUCAAGGGCUCGGCGGCGGGUAAAGGUCACAGCACGGGUCUUUUUCCCUGCCCCGAAGACUGCGCAGGCUUCUUUCCGGUCAGCCACGUCCAGCUCAGACACUGGACCGACAACAACGAGCCCGACGGCCGAGACAAAGAGCGAGAUCGGCCUCAUCGCCGCAGCGUCGUACACCAACAUCGCAACGCUCGUCCCCCGCACGCCCAAGCGCCUGGCGGCGGAGGCCAUCACGUCCACCUGCCUCAGACUGCCCUCUCCGCUCAGUCUCUGGGCGGGUUAACCGAGUUGGCGACAACCGGAACCUCGCUUUUGCCAUUCACCGUCGGGCAGCGGGUCAGCGCCAGUCUGGAUGACGGCUCCGCCGCGAGCGGAGAGGUCGUCUUCUGCGGUCCGCUACCCCGUACGUCGUCGUCAUCGGUUCACGUUGGAGUCUUACUGGACACGCCUAUGGGUGAUUGGGAUGGCUAUCAUAAGGGAGAGCAACUUGUCGAAAUUCCGAUGAAUUAUGGGAAACUACUGCCUGUUGUUAAGGUGUCCCCAGAGUCCCGUAGUCACGCCAACUGGCCCCCCCAAGUUCUCAAACCCAUGGCAAAGAGUUUACCACCUGCCGCCAAAGAGGCACCUGUGUUCCUUCCCGCCUCCAAGGAUGCCCUGUUGGCCCCUGGCAAAAAAACUGACAAGCCUGCUCUUCCUUCCCCGCCGCCAAAGCCGGUCCCCAACCCCCUGCCCCCGUCCCCGCCUCCGAAACCCAACGACCUGACAGUGGCGCAGCUUCCAAAUGGCACGCGGCCUGUCUCACCUGAAUCAGACAGGGCCACAGAUGAGGACAAAGCCUUGGAGGUGGGCUCCUUGGUGGAAGUCAACGACCCGCCGCUCUACGGCGUGAUCCGCUGGAUUGGACACGUUGACGGGAUUUCGCAAGCAGUGGCGGGCAUCGAGCUGGAGGAAAAGGUUUCCGCUGGAACCGACGGCACGUACCUUGGCGAGCGCCACUUCCGCUGCCCACCCAACAAGGGCUUAUUUGUCAAGCUGUGCAAGUGUCGGCGGGAUUCCAGAUUCCCUGCCCCCGAAACCCCCGUCAAUCAAGUGGCGCGCUGCAACUCCAUAGCUUUCGCGGAGUGGACCAGCGAGCGCGUGGAGGAAAACACGCUCCACGCAGAAGGGGACGCAGCCAAGCAACUGUACGAGGGCUGGAAGAAAGGCAUCCAGGGUCACCUCAACUCCUGCUACCUAGACGCCACUCUCUUCAGCCUCUUCUCCUGCUGCAGUUCGGCCGACUGCGUGCUGUUUCAGCCCGGGGACAAGGUCGCCAGUGAAGCUCAGGACCUGCUGCGUUGCGAGAUUGUCAACCCCUUGCGCAGGUAUGGCUACGUGUGCGCCAGCAAGACCAUGGCCUUGAGGCGACUGUUGGAAGCAGCCUACGGAGAUGCUAGCUUCACCAACCAGGAGAAAGAUCCAGAGGAGUUCCUCAACAAGCUCUUCUUGCUUCUCCAUGUCGAGCCACUCCUCAAGAUCAGAUCGCUUCAUCAGGAACCGCAGGAGUGUUACCUCUACCAGCUGUUCCCGCCUCACGUAGCGCCCUUGACCUCCCCUUCCAGCUCCCCGCUUACGCCAUCCCCGCUGCCCAUGAGGGUGGCCAGCGUCCAAACCUUGCUGGAGUCCUCCUUCCUCCACGCCGGACUCAAGUUGACGGAGGCGCCGUCAUGCCUCCUGCUUCUUAUGCCCCGCUUUGGGAAGGAAUUCAAGAUGUUUGAUGCCAUCUUGCCCACCCUCAGCCUGGAUAUCACAGACCUGCUGGAUGAAUCUUUGCGGCACUGCAGCAUUUGUCAGGCCUUAGCUUGUUGGGAGUGCGCAGACUGUUACGAAGACCAAGACAUCACGCCCGGUCGCCUCAAACAGUACUGCAGCAUCUGCAAUGGUCAGGUUCACAGUCACAGGAAACGAACGAAGCACUCCCCGCGGGAAAUCGCCACUCCCGAGAAGACGUGGGACGUUCCUCUCAACUACACGCGGGAGAUCAUGCCUCUGUUCGCCGUGACGUGCAUCGAGACCAGCCACUACGUCAGCUUCGUCAAACACGGCCCUGAGGCUUCCGAUUGGCUUUUCUUUGACAGCAUGGCCGAUCGAGAAGGAGGUGAAAACGGCUUCAACGUCCCCCAGGUGAGGCCGUGUCCGGAGGUGGGCCGCUACCUCAGCAUGUCGGUGGAGGAGCUGAGCUGGAUCGACGCGGUCUCCUUUCCGGAGCCCGCUCGCCGUCUGUUGUGCGACGCUCACAUGUGUCUGUACCACAACCCCGACUACAGCCUGUACAAAUGAACGGUUCUUCGAGGUUGACGUCAAACCUCUCUAGUCUGUUGUUAGGACAUGUUCAUUUGUUACAAUGAAAUUUGCACUGACGUUAAUGAUAAGGGGAACAUUCUUGCUAGCGCUGUUUGCACUAAGAUUUAGCCAAACUUGAAUUCUUCAUUGGUUGACUUAUAAACUGGUUCCACUAAAUAAAAACACCUGACCUGGA